ACAACAUGGCGCCAGCGUACAGCUGGACCGCACAUAGACGCCACGGCACUUCUUCAACAAGUUACUUUACUCACUAAACGCAGCGUCGCGAAGAUUUUUGUAUCUUUUCUUUUUACUUUUCUUCUUACCGAUUUUGUUUGUUCUUUUUGACAAGCAAAGAUCAGCAUUUUUGGUCAUCUUAGUCUCCAAAACUCACCUGCUUUAGCAAAAAGAACAGACCGUACUGGACUCACUCACUGUUGCUGUAUUUCUCAAAGUAAAAGGAAAGUGAGCACUGAGAUUACGCAGACGUGGAAAGUACUUUUUUCCAGAAAAUAAGCCAUGUAACUGCGCUCGAAAGGCUUUUCUUUAGAGGACAUGCAUCUAAACAUGAGCGAAAAUAACUGUCCAUUUGAGGAAAGGGAUAGAGACAGACUUCCUCCUAUACUAAAUCAUAGCUUGGAUCGCGGACCGAAACUUCCUUUUCCCUCUUAUGGAAGCUUCAUCUCCACCCUGAAUCACAAAAGAGAGUCAGGCAGCCACAGUUUUUCUUCUCCCCUCCUGCUACCUGCAGUCAAACAAGUGAGAGAGCUUCCCCCAAUAUGUCCAGAUGUGAGACAGAAGCAUCGUAUCUCUAUUGAUGUUCUCCCUCCAGAGGUGAAGGCUCGUUUUGUCUCAGAACCCAUUAUUCCCAUUCGGACCAAAACCGUCAAAGAGUUUCAGGAUGAUGUUGAAAGGGCAACUAUCUCAGGGGAUUGGAAGCAUGUCCAUGAUUUCUACUUGACCACAUUUGACUCCUUUUUGGAACUCAAUGGUGCAUUUAAGAAAGAAGCAAAUGCUCCCUACAACACUAUUGAAGACUCAGGAAUAAACAUCAAAUUUGUCAAUAUUGUUUAUGAUGCCUUACUCCACACGCCUGCGGACACACAGAGAUCAGUCCUGAAGGGAAUUAUUAAUAGCUUAUUAAGAGAAUGGAAAGGGCCUCGCACAAAGGAUGACCUUAGAGCGUAUUUUGUUCUUGUCCAGAACCCUCAGUACACCAGCCCAGCUACAUAUGUCAUCUAUGCACACUUACUGAGGCAAAUAGCAGCCCUGGCUGAAGCAGACCACCAUUUCCUGAUGCACUGGUUUAAAAAGCUGCCUCAGAAGCGCUUUAAACAGCUGGUGGAGCGCUUGCAGCUCUUCAUCACUACCCGCCUAUUUCCUGCCAAGCCAGAGGAGUUGCCGCCCAUGGCCAAAUGCUCCUGGUGGAUUCCCUCAGCCACUAAAGUCCUUUCCCUGCUUAAUGGUGCAAACAGCAUUUCCUCUCCCGCUAUUAUUCCUUUCACUGAUUUCUACAACCUAACAUUGGACCACAUAGACUUUAUGGAGGAUUACCACACGUGGCAGGCUCACGGAAAUUCAUACAGGUUCACCUUUUGUCAGUUCCCUUUCAUCCUGUCCACAGUGGUGAAGAAGGCCAUCAUCCAGAGAGACUCUGAGCAGCAGAUGAUCAGCAUGGCCAGGCAAACCCUGGUGGACAAGGUUUCUCGCAGGCAGAGGGUGGAUAUGAGUCUGCUGUUUCUCAACAUUAAAGUUAGGCGUCUGCAGCUGGUCAGUGACUCACUGGAUGAGCUUUCGAGAAAGCGAGCAGACCUGAAGAAAAAGCUGAAAGUGACGUUUGUUGGGGAAGCGGGGUUGGACAUGGGUGGACUCACAAAAGAGUGGUUUCUUCUCCUGAUUCGACAGAUUUUUCAGACAGACUACGGCAUGUUCACGUAUGUGAAGGAGUCCCACUGUCAUUGGUUCAGCAGCUGGAAAUGUGACAACUACUCUGAGUUCCGAUUGGUUGGAGCCCUCAUGGGCUUGGCUGUGUACAACAGCAUCACACUGGACAUCCGCUUCCCCCCUUGCGUCUACAAGAAGCUGCUGACCCCGCCCAUUGUGCCAUGUGACCUCGACACCCCCGUCGGCAUGGCGACCCUCACCCUGGACGACCUCCAGCAGAUUAUGCCUGAUCUUGCUCAUGGACUUGGGGAACUCCUCAGCUAUGAAGGGAACGUUGAGGAGGACUUCUAUACCACGUUUCAGGUUUUUCAGGAAGAACUUGGAGUGGUUAAGUCAUAUAAUCUGAAACCAGGAGGGGACAAAAUCCCAGUAACAAACCUGAACAGAAAAGAAUAUGUCCAGCUCUACAUUGAUUUCCUGCUGAAUAAGUCCAUCUACAGGCAGUUCACUGCAUUCUAUCAUGGUUUUCAUAGCGUCUGUGCCUCAAAUGCCCUGAUGCUUCUAAGGCCAGAGGAAGUUGAGAUCCUGGUUUGUGGAAGUCCUAAUCUGGAUAUGGGCUCUCUGCAGCGAGUGGUGCAGUAUGAGGGCUACAGCAAGACUGACCCCACUAUCCGAGCCUUCUGGGACGUGGUGCUGGCGUUUCCUUUGGAGCUGCAAAAGAAACUGCUCCACUUUACCACAGGAAGUGACCGCGUUCCUGUGGGUGGAAUGGCCGACCUCAACUUCAAGAUCUCCAAGAUUGAUGUCUCCACUGACUGGCUUCCAGUGUCGCAUACAUGCUUCAACCAGAUCUGUCUACCUCCAUACAAAAGCAAGAAAGAACUACGGCAAAAGUUAACUAUUGCCAUUUCAAACGCAGAGGGCUUCGGAUUGGAGUAGAUUACAGCUGUAGAUAACCUAACUCGUUGCUUUAUUUAAUCUGCGUUCACUGAAAGAAUAUGGGUUGUGAUAGUUCCAACUUAUUUUUUUUUUUUUUAAAACAGUCAACCGGGUUGUGCAUCAGAAUGAAUUGAGGAUGCCUUCUGGAUGAAUUCUGGUAACAAAAAAGAUGCAGAAUUGCUUGCAUCUACUUGCAGCAAAUUCAAAUUUGAAUUCAACUUCUUGUGAGCGGGCUCAACUCAAUUUACGCUCACACUCAUGAAACAUUAUAGAGACAAUGUUACAAUUCUGAGUUUUGCACAACCCUGACAGCCACAUCAGGUAAGCAUGAGGAUAACGCACAGCAGUGACAAUGUAAGCUCUAGAUGUAAAGUUUAAGCAGUAUAAUGUAAUGUGGAUUGUGUGUACAGAGUAGUAUUAAUUGUUGUGAACCAGGGUUCUAUGAGGAACCCAGUGAAGCAGUUUGUCUUUAGGCGUUGUUGUGAUUUGCACUCAUUAUCGCUGACUGUUUGAGUGAAGGACCAAACAUUUUAUGUGGUAUUAGAAUAUGUGGAUUUUAUGAAUAAUAUAGUGUAAAUCUGUUCAAGAAGCUCCACUGUACUGCAAUGUGAAAUUAAAAUUAAAAUUAAAAUGUUAAAGAUAAUUUUUCUUCAACAUGGGCCUGGUCCCAUGCUCCUAUCAAAAGUAGGUCAGUAAGGGGCUUGGUCUCAGCUAAAAUAGCCUGGCAAACAGUCUCUGAAACAUGCCCAGCAUUUUUAAAGAGACAGCGCUCUGUCUCCAGGGUUACAAGAGCUAACAGUUAAUAAAAGCUCCUGUGUGAUUCAUUUCUUAACUCAAGCAUUCCCUCAGCUUCUGAUUAGCUUUAAAAAUGUAGCUGUUAAUACAUGUUUAAUAAAUGUGGUAAUAAAUGUUUAAAAUUAAAGAUCUGAGCUCAAACGUCAGCUGAGUGUAGUUUAGUAAUUGUUGACAACCCUUUCUUAACCUCUCUCGGGCAUGAAAGGAAUAUUGGUAAUGUGACUAGAUUUUUUUUGUGUGUGUGUCUGUGUCAACGAUUGUUUCGUGUUUGUUGACUAGCCAUAACAUGGAAAAACUUAUUAUUUGUUUGCUUAUUUGAAUUUUUUUUUUUUUUUUUGGAUGGUGAUUCCGGUUAUUCUUCAAAUAGAGUGACAGUAUUGGUCACAACAAAAACAUGUUAUUUAUUUUUUAUGACUAAUGCUCUGCUUUGUGCCGUCAGUUCCAAAGUUCAUUUAGGACUCAAGGUCUAGUGAUACUGCAGUAUGUUAGUAUGCUAGUAGAUGACCUUUAACUAGUGGGGUGUAAUCAAGCAUCCCAGUUAUCCUGGCUUGACUUGUGUGAUUGGAUACUUGCAGGUGGUGUAUUUUUGCAUAUUUCUGGCAUCAUCAUGUCAUGUGAUUUAAAUUGGGCUCAUGGCUUUAUUUGUAUUUAUGUCAUCUGUCAAUCUAAAUCACUCCAGUGUUCAUGCUAUGGUUUUAUGUUCUCCAAUGACUGAAUACAAAUGUAUUUACAAUGUAUUUAUUUCAACUUUGCUCAUUCAUUUUUAAUGAAUAAAGUUAUACAGCAAAAUUUUUGUUUUUAUACAACAAAACAUUAUUUAAUGAUAAAAGACUAGAAUGUGAGCAUAGCCAUAGGAAAGAUGUGUAGGAAAAUUGAAGAACUGCAGACAACACAGCAAGAGCUGUGUAUAUUUCAACAAAAUAUUAUUAAUUUGCAACAUUUCUGCUGUAAUGAGUGAUGUUUUAUGCAUAUUGUUUGACCGUCAGCCAUUUGUUUUUACAAACGAAGAACCAAGAUGUAUCAGUGUACUGAUACAUCUUCACUAUGUAUUGAUCUUUUAUUAGCUAUCUUCAUUAUAGUCAUUUCAAAAUGGAUGUAUCAAACAGCACUAUAUACA